AUGUUUCUGUUUGUGGGCGGAUAUGCUAUGGCUGUAAUGAACCACCAUGUUUGUCCUGUUGAAAACUGGUCGUACAAUGUGACAUGCACAGAGGAAACAGCCAAGCCGGGCUUCCCAAAAACAUGCUGCACCAUUCAAGACAUCCCCCUCAUCAGUAAGUGUGGAUCUUACCCUCCCGAGAGCUGUCUUUUCAGUCUCGUUGGUAAUGUGGGAGCUUUCAUGGUGGUGUUGGUGUGUCUGCUACGGUAUGCUCAGAUCAUUGAGCACAGGAACCACUGUUGGCUCAACACCAGUGGACUUGUGUCUGGAUGCACCAAUGCGGUGGGACUGGUCAUGGUGGGCAACUUCCAGGUGGACCAUGCUAAAACCCUUCACUAUGUAGGUGCGGGUGCUGCCUUCCCAGCAGGCAUUCUGUUCGUGUGUUUGCAGUGUUUGCUGACCUACCGGGUGGCUGUCACCGCUCUGGACUACUGGAUGGCUCAUGUGCGUGUGGCACUGGCUACUGGUGCUCUCAUCACACUGGUUCUCAGUAUCCUUCCUUAUUGAAUAUGGCUGGAAAAUGAUGAAUAAGUGUGUGUUGCAAAUUUUUCUUGACAUGGGUUGCUUAUUUGUCUUGGCUGUUUAGACCAUAUUACCUGUUUGCACAUCAUGAACUAU